AUGAAUCGAAAUCGACGUGUCGCAUCAGUUGUACUCUUAUCUGAUGAUCAUGAUCAUGAUAUUAAACCAAAAAAGGAAAAUCUAUUUGAUACAAAAUUACCGGUGGAAUACGUGGAAAUUGAUUUAACAUCACCAGUUAAAUCUUCAUUGGAUACAAUACAACGAAAUUAUUUACCAUAUACAAUUGCUGGAUUGAAUCAAGAACGACUCUCAAUUCUACCAACAUAUCCAACAAACACUACUAAUGCUACUGAUCAAUCAUUACUUUUAUUAGCAAAUUUACCAAUUAAUCAAUUAUCAGAACAAGAACAAAUGAAUCGUCAAUCAGGUAAAUAUAAAUGUGGAUUUUCUAUUCUAGAUAUUGAUGCAUUUGCAACAUCAAUGGUUACUCAAUAUUAUCAAAUGCAUUUUGGAUCAAUUAUUGAACGGUUUCAUGUUGAUUUGUCAAUACUGGAUCAUAAUUAUUGUAAAUUAAAAAAAUUUAUACAACUACAUCGAUUGGCAUAUAAUCGUACAUUACCUUUGUCUCGAUCUUCGACAAACUAUUUAAAUUUAAAUGAAAAUGAAUAUCCACAAUUAUUAGAAUUCUAUCUACAGAUAGAUGUCGACUUGUUUUAUAUGAAAACAUGUACAUAUCGUCAAGCUGAACCGCGAUUAAAGGAUGAAGGUAUAUAUUGUACUAUUAAUCCUCAAUGUCGUUAUUGGAUGACACCAUGUAGAUGUUGUGCACUAUGUUAUGAACAUAAUCAACCGACAAAUAAUAAACAAUACUCGGUACAAUUCAAUUUAUAUCAAAAACAUCGAUUUGUUAACGGAUAUGAAUCCAUUUUGAAUUGUCCAUCGACAUGCAAAACAAAAAAUAUUAUCUAUGCAUUAACAUGUGUAUGUGGUAAUUAUGAUUAUAUUGGUGGAACAAGUGGCAUUCUAUUAGGACGUUUAUCAGAUCAUCAAUGUUUUACACAUCGACUGAUUUUAGAAAAAUUAAUUGGUGAAAAGAAUCACAUACGUUUUUGGGGUAAACCAUCAUCAACAACAACAACAGCUAGCAAUAGUUAUGAUGAUAAGAUUCAAAAAUAUUUCAAUUAUUUACCAAAACCACCAUCAGGUUAUAAAUUCUCAAAACGUCAGAUACAAAAACAAUAUGAAUUUUUUAUAAAAGAAAAAUAUCCAACACAACCAAGUUUAUAUUAUACAACUAACAAUGCUACACUAAUUACAGUAUUACCAAUGGAUACAUCCGAUUUAUUUCGACAUCUGGUUCAAUCCUUAUUAAUUACACAUGCUGAAACAAAAUUGAAUACAAUGGGUCAUAUUUUUACAUAUUUAAUCAAUGGUCCAAUUAGUCAAGGUUUAUGGUAUGCUAAUUUACAUCGUCCUCAUCAUCAAUUAUCAUCUAUAUUCAAAUAUAAACACCAUAUCUAUCGUAAUAGUUCAUUUCUAGAUAUAAAUUACAAAGAUACUGAUGAUGGUGAUCAAAUUCUUCGUUCAACUAUUAUUAAUAAUCAUAUUCAAUAUUUGUUCAACAAAUGA